CUUCAAGAAGGGGGUGCUACUCCAGCUCCAGAAGCAUUUAGGAAUUGCCUGGAUGGAGAAUCCUCUUCUUGUUCAUUUGUAAAAGGGAGUACUCAAGAAUCAACUUUCAUUAAACUCCCUCUGCCCCCAGAAUCAAUUCAGAGCACUAAGAAUCCACUGGUCUUGAGAAACAAGGCGCCUAGAUGGCAUGAGCAAUUGCAAUGCUGGUGCCUAAAUUUCAAAGGGCGUGUUACUGUGGCCUCUGUCAAGAACUUUCAGCUGGUGGCAGCCAUGAAUCCAUCUGAGAUUAUUCCAGUUGAAGAACAAGAUAAGGUGAUCCUACAAUUUGGAAAGAUUGGAAAGGAUAUCUUUACAAUGGACUAUCGAUACCCCCUCUCUGCCUUCCAGGCCUUCGCAAUCUGUUUAAGCAGCUUUGACACUAAACCAGCAUGCGAGUAGUUGUACCAUCUUGCUUUUUCCAAAGUUAGUUUUUGUGUGUAAAUAUACCAAAGGAAGCCUGUUUGAGCUUCGUCUUUAGAUAGGAUGAUUAUGUGUGAAAAUCCAAACAUUUAUGUUCAGUUUUCAAAUGUAUCUGAUCCUCAAAAGUGUAAGUUAUCGUGAUUUUAUUUCCCAGAAGUCUGUAAUGUUUUCAAAGUUAUUGGAGUCUUACAUUUUUAAUGUUGCAA